AUGCCUCCCAGACGUUCCUUUGUUUUUAUUACAAACAUCCCUGAUUACUUGCUGCAACCACUCGCCGUCGGCAACAAUAACCACCACAAUAAAUUACGCGCUUCAAGAGACCCACGCUACGAGCGGCUACGGUCAUUCCUCAGUACACACACAUCAGGUGUCAUGCACGUGAUGCAUCUGGAAACGCGUGGCUAUGCCCUUGCCCUCUAUGCAUCGGAAGAGGAAGCACUUGCGGCCUGCAAGACAACAAUCACACCUAAAUAUCGGCAGUGUGAAUACCCACCAAUGGUGUUACGUAUAUUAGAGCGCCCGCGCCCGGCUCCCCUUCAGUCGGUUUAUACACCAACAGUCACGAUUGAGGGAGAAACAAUAUUGAAGGAAGAAUUAGCAAACACAAGAGGUCUGGAGUUGGUGUAUCGCGGCCGUGCUAUUGCGCGCUGGUGUCCCAAUACGCUUUCUCAGCAAGAUUGCCCCUUCGGUGCUUCGUGCAACUGGAUUCACAAGUGUGCCUAUCAGCAGACCGUGCGAAAGAGGCCACGACUUGAUCCCGUAUCUCAACAACAACAACAAAAGCAGCCCAUGUCGUCGGAGGAACUGACGCGACUGCGCCACGUAACUCACAACACAAAAUGCGGGGAGGAACAACUUGUACCAACCGACAUGAAGUUUGACUUUUCUGUUUAUGUUCCCGUGGCGUACAAGGAAGCAGUUGCUCUCGUGGACAGUGAAGGAACUGGUGGAAGUAACAGGUUGGUUGAUGAUGUUAUUAAGCGCGUAGAAGCAGCCUGUUCGGCGUAUAGUGGGCCGUAUUUUGUUAAAUUUGCCUUUUGCGGCGGUGCGCCGUGGGAUUGGAGCUUGCACAACACUUCAUUGGGUCUUUCUGCACUGCGCAAGAGAGCACCGUUUCCUACGAAUGGCGCGCCUACUCCUCUUGAACGUGAUAUCUUCACGCAGCAGUUACUGUACCACAUGAAUCAGAUGAAUCGCUUCGAUACGAUCGCAUUAGCAGUCCAUGCUCUUGCUAAAAGCCCAAAGGUUCGUCGGGCGUUACAACGUGAAUUGGAAUAUGACCAAUCCCUCACUUCAUGCAAUGAUAAAGGCGACAAAGAUGCAGUGUCCCUGCAUCUUUGUGUACGGCCAUGGCUGUUCUUGCCAACGGUAGGUGUUGAGGCUACUGUCUUCUUGGAGGGUGGAGGCGAAGUUCUGCGAGGUAUUGUCCAACGGAAAGGGGCCGUGCGUCUCAUGAUUUCACAUGCGCUUUUGCGUCAACAGGAAGAAAAACAGGGCAUGGACUUCUCUCGCUUUGCCGUGUUAGGUAGCGGUCAAGACCUCGAAGCGGAAUCUUACUUGGAGUCUGAGAUACAGCGUAUGUCGCUUCUGGUAAAGCGGUCGGCUCAAAGGCUACAACAAUAUAUUCGUCAACAGCGGGAUCGGUUUCCACCAGGUGCUGCGUGGUGCGUUCAUAUUGCUGUCAGCCCGCCCCCCUUAGUGCCGUUUCGGCCCCAGCAGUACGGCAGUGGUGUGGAACAACAAAAGGGGGAGUGCAAGCAGGAAGAAAGUGAAGAGAGGGUGACGUCCAAGUGUGUAGUUCUCUCCUUACAGGAGUACCAACCAGCUUACGAGGAGCAUGUAGCGCUUCAUGGGGAACUGCGUGCAGGGGAGGUGAUGUGGAACACGAGGAAACAUGGGUACGUUGCGCUCAUUCCGCGCGAAAUGUUGGAACGCCUUCGCCUGGAGUCCCAGGUGGAAGAAAAGGAGUAA